GGAGGGCGCCUCGUCCCGCCCCUCUCUAUCGUCCUCCCUCCUGUUCUCUCCGCUCCGGGCCCCACCCGGCUCAGACGGCUCCGGACGGGACUGCGAACACAGGCCGCUCCAAGGGCCCCUCGGAUCCCCGCGGGACCCCCGCGCCCAGCCCGCUCAGCCCGCUGCAGCCGCCAGCGCGCCCCGUCGGCAGCUCUUCACCUGCUGGUCUCUCCGUGAGCCCCGUGGGCAGGCGCAGCCACCAUGUUCAGCUGGCUGAAGCGGGGCGGGGCCCGGGGCCAGCAGCCCGAGGCCAUCCGCACGGUGACCUCGGCCCUCAAGGAGCUGUACCGCUCGAAGCUGCUGCCGCUGGAGGAGCACUACCGCUUCGGGGCCUUCCACUCGCCCGCCCUGGAGGACGCAGACUUCGACGGCAAGCCCAUGGUGCUGGUGGCCGGCCAGUACAGCACGGGCAAGACCAGCUUCAUCCAGUACCUGCUGGAGCAGGAGGUGCCCGGCUCCCGCGUGGGGCCUGAGCCCACCACCGACUGCUUCGUGGCCGUCAUGCACGGGGACACCGAGGGCACCGUGCCCGGCAACGCUCUCGUCGUGGACCCAGACAAGCCCUUCCGCAAACUCAACCCCUUCGGAAACACCUUCCUCAACAGGUUCAUGUGUGCCCAGCUCCCCAACCAGGUCCUGGAGAGCAUCAGCAUCAUCGACACCCCAGGCAUCCUGUCGGGUGCCAAGCAGAGGGUGAGCCGAGGCUACGACUUCCCGGCCGUGCUGCGCUGGUUUGCCGAGCGCGUGGACCUCAUCAUCCUGCUCUUCGAUGCGCACAAGCUGGAGAUCUCCGACGAGUUCUCCGAGGCCAUCGAAGCGCUGCGGGGCCACGAGGACAAGAUCCGCGUGGUGCUCAACAAGGCCGACAUGGUGGAGACGCAGCAGCUGAUGCGCGUCUACGGCGCGCUCAUGUGGGCGCUGGGCAAGGUGGUGGGCACGCCCGAGGUGCUGCGCGUCUACAUCGGCUCCUUCUGGUCCCAGCCCCUCCUCGUGCCCGACAACCGGCGCCUCUUCGAGUUGGAGGAGCAGGAUCUCUUCCGCGACAUCCAGGGCCUGCCCCGGCACGCCGCCUUGCGCAAGCUCAACGACCUGGUGAAGAGGGCUCGGCUGGUGCGGGUUCACGCUUACAUCAUCAGCUACCUGAAGAAGGAGAUGCCCUCUGUGUUUGGGAAGGAGAACAAGAAGAAGCAGCUGAUCCUCAAGCUGCCAGUCAUCUUUGCUAAGAUUCAGCUGGAGCAUCACAUCUCCCCCGGGGACUUCCCUGAUUGCCAGAAAAUGCAGGAGCUGCUGAUGGCACAUGACUUCACCAAGUUUCACUCGCUGAAGCCAAAGCUGCUGGAGGCGCUGGAUGAGAUGCUGACACACGACAUCGCCAAGCUGAUGCCCCUGCUGCGGCAGGAGGAGCUGGAGAGCAUGGAGGUGGGCGUGCAGGGGGGCGCUUUUGAGGGCACCCACAUGGGCCCGUUCGUGGAGCGGGGGCCCGACGAGGCCAUGGAGGACGGCGAGGAGGGCUCGGACGACGAGGCCGAGUGGGUGGUCACCAAGGAUAAGUCCAAGUACGACGAGAUCUUCUACAACCUGGCGCCUGCCGAUGGCAAGCUGAGCGGCUCCAAGGCCAAGACCUGGAUGGUGGGGACCAAGCUCCCCAACUCGGUGCUGGGGCGCAUCUGGAAGCUGAGUGAUGUCGACCGGGACGGCAUGCUGGAUGACGAGGAGUUCGCGCUGGCCAGCCACCUCAUCGAGGCGAAGCUGGAGGGCCACGGGCUGCCCACCAACCUGCCCCGUCGCCUAGUGCCACCCUCCAAGCGGCGCCACAAAGGCUCUGCUGAGUGAGCUGGUGCACACCCCCCAUGGCCCCGCUGUGGCUCCCCAGCUCCAGUUGGCUGCACGCACACCCCCGCCCUGGCUCACACAUGCCCUCCCUGCCCUCCCUGCCCAGCUCUAAGGACCGGGGGGGGUCUCCCUCCCCACUAUUGCCAGGCACCCCGGUGGAAGCAUUUAGAGGGGACCACGGGAGGGACAAGACUUCUCUGUCCGCCCCUCACACCUCCAGCCUCACGUUCACUUAGGCACAUCACACAGACACUAGCACACGCAGGCAUCCCUUCAUCCAUUAGUCAUUCAGAUAUUUAUUGAGCACCUAUUAUGUGCCCAGCCCUGUUCUAGGCACCGGGCAUUACCAUAGAGAACAAAAUAGACAAAUACAUGUGCCCUUGUGGAAGCCGACUUUCCCAGGAGAGGGCGCCUACAC